CCUCACGUAAGAAGCCGCCAGUGCACGCACUGCUCGUCGGCGCGGUACGUUCCCAAGGACGCUCUCGACCCGGCGCGCCCAGAUCACCGCGCUUCGCGAGACCGUGCCUGGUGUGGGCCCCACGAGCUGGUGGGUCUCGGGGCUCUGCGCGCCGCCGUGCUGGCUCUCGCGCCCUCCAGCCGCGAGCCUCGAGAAGGCAGCCCGCCCAUCACCCGUCACUUCGCUGACUGCGCCGUCUCUGUGCACCCCAGCCGUUCGCGACGCCCCGCUCGGGCCACGGGCAGAGGCAGCGUGCGAAGGGCGCCGAGCAGCUCGGGUGCCCACCGGCGUCGGGUGCAGGGUACCCCAAAACAAGCAAGCACCUACGCCGCCCACCUGACGGAGAGGGGGGAGAUGCGAGCAGCGGGGAGGUGUGUGGAAGGAUGAUGAAAACGGACGUGGAAGCAGAAGUAUGGGUCCACAGAGGGAGGAAUGGUUUGAAAAGUCCCUAGCGCCGAAGCAAGGCUUCCCGAAGAACGCCAGCUGAUCCUGCUGCGAGCCCUCGGCAAACCAUCGGGUAAAACCCUGCUCGUGUCGAGCGUCGGAGCAUGCGCGCGCCUGUGACAUUCAUAAAUAUUCGCACGGAGGCCCCACCGCGUCUGCAGAGGAGAGCAGGGUGCCGCCUGAGUGCAACAGGAGAGGCGACGGCUGCGCAGCUCCUUUGGUACAGGUGGGCGAAGCCAAGCCCACAGCCACCAACGCCGCCACCGCCGCCACCCGCUGUCGACACCGCUAAUCCCUUGCAAGAGUCGACAGCUGCCCAAGCUAAUGGCGCGUUCGAUCGGAUGGCAGCAGUGGAGGCCGAGAACCGACCAGGGCGCUGCUGCUGCUGCUCGCCAGUGCUCGCCGAGGAAGGGAACACGCCUGCCCUGCAGACAUGAGGCAGCCGAGGAGAGGAUUCGCCUGCCUCUUCACGAAGAGCACGCCUGCGCGGAGAGGAAGUGCCCAUCGCCAUGUGCUCCGCGAGGUGACGAGCCAGCCCGUUAGGGGGAGGGGAGAGGAUCUACGGCAAGCCGAAGGAUACGGCCAGGACCGAGCGUGGCGCCGAACCAGACUAGAAAUCAGAGGACAGCAAGCAAAUGCAGCUUCACCAUUUCAUGUCGGCCGGGCCCGAGAAUACGUCGCGCAUGCCGAUUCGAGGAAGUGUCCAACAUACAAAAAAAAACGUGGAGAGGUAGUCGCCAACCGCUGACGACCAUCGUAAGACCAAGUACUUCAUGAUUCGGUGCGUUGCCCUCUCGAAG